UCUCUUCUAUUAGAGAGACCAUAAACUUUGUGCAUGAAAUUUGCCAAUCUCAUUAAAACUUUAUAGAGAAAGAGAUGGCUCAUGGAUGUAUUAAAUUAAGUAAGGGGCCAUGGGCAGUCCGGCGAAGAGGCAGAUAUGGUGAUGAGAAGAGAUCGUGGCGAUGUCCUUCAGAGCGAGAACGAGAGGAGAACAGGAGGCGGGAGAGCAGGAGGAGAUUUAUCACGACAAGGAUCUUCGAAGGUCUGCGUCGAUAUGGGAAUUACAAGCUAAGGAAGAAUGCGGGUAGGAAUGAGCUGCUUAAGGCAUUGUGCGAGGAGGCAGGGUGGGAUGUUGAUGAUGAGGGGAACAUCUCUAGGAAGCCUCAGUCUGGAACAGAGCCCUUUGGAUCACCCACUUCUCGUAUGGAAGUUGAGUUCGAACUCACCCUGGCAACUCCUUGUUAAUACAGAUUCCAAACAGUUGCUUAUAUUGUUCUAUUUUUGUUCA